AUGUUUAAUAUUUCUGAUGUUGCCCAUCGAAGGAAAUUCGGUAGUUCUCGUGGAAUUCAUGUUAACAAAUAUUUAAAUAGAAUAUUAUAUUUGUCAUUUUAUAUUUUUUGGUUUUUCCGACGGCGAAGGAAGAAAUUUUUGAAGCCAAAGUCAACAAAUGUGACGAAUGACGUUAACACAAGUUCUGGAUUGGAUUCGAUUAGUGGGAGUACUACAUUAAUUAGGUUCAAAUUCGAUGAAAUUAAGGCCGCAACAAAGAAUUUUUCUUGGGACAAUAUAAUUGGGAGAGGAGGGUAUGGGAAUGUGUACAAGGGAGUGUUACCAGAUGGCUCUGAAGUGGCAUUGAAGAGGUUCAAGAAUUGUUCUGCUUCUGGUGAUGCUAGUUUCACGCACGAAGUGGAAGUUAUUGCCAGCAUUAGACAUGUGAAUUUGGUGGCUUUGAGAGGGUAUUGUACAGCGACAACUCCUUACGAAGGUCACCAAAGGAUAAUUGUGUGUGACUUGUUGAAGAAUGGGAGUGUUCAUGAUCAUCUAUUUGGGUUGGUCGAGAAGAAGUUGAGUUGGCCUAUACGUCAGAAGAUAGCGCUGGGGACAGCUAAAGGGUUGUCUUAUUUGCAUUAUGGUGCACAACCGGCGAUUAUCCACAGAGAUAUUAAAGCCAGUAAUAUACUCUUAGACGAGAGGUUUGAGCCUAAGGUGGCUGACUUUGGAUUAGCAAAGUUUAACCCAGAGGGAUUGACUCACUUGAGUACUAGGGUGGCUGGGACAAUGGGAUACGUGGCACCUGAAUACGCUUUGUAUGGACAAUUGACAGAGAGAAGUGACGUUUAUAGUUUUGGAGUAGUACUUCUCGAGCUUUUGAGCGGGAAGAAAGCUCUGGUGGCAGUUACUGAUGGUCAGCCCACACUCAUCACUGAUUGGGCUUGGUCUCUGGUUAGGAAUGGUAAAGCAUUGGACGUCGUUGAAGAUAUGCCAGAUUUGGGUCCUCCGGUUGUUGUAGAGAAGUACGUGUUAGUGGCUGUUCUUUGUUCGCAUCCGCAAUUAUAUGCUAGGCCGACAAUGGACCAGGUUGUUAAAUUGUUGGACACUGAUGUACCAGUUCCUUCGAUACCGGGAAGACCAAUAUCUGUCAUUGCAAAUAUUGACGAUAUUGAGCGUUUAGCAAGCAGCAGUGGUUCUGGUAAUUUGUCGACGCCUGCUGGCUAUCAGCCUUAUACUUUUGAUGAAGACUGUCCUCAGAUACCCAAGGAAGAUAAUGAGAAUUCUAGUGGUAGGUAAUCUGUGAGGUGAAACUGGUACAUUAUGUGAAGAUGUCAAUUGAACUCUAUACUGAAAUUUGCUUCCUUGAAAUUGCUAUGUAGCUCAUUCUUUUGUUCAUUUAGAUAGAUUGAGUGAAAUUCUGUGAUCUGGAAUCACUAACACCCUUUUGUAGUGUAAAUCGAGGUUUACUAUCAAUGUUUAUUCUGCUUAAGAGAAUUUCGAAAAGAUCUGGAUUUUUGUACAA